AUGCGGCGUCAUAGGGCCAGUGGAGGGACUAAGGCGGUCACGCCCAUCUCCGACACUGUAUCGCUGAUCCAUUCGUUUGAUUCUAUCACAAAUCCCAAUCGUCCUGUCCGCCCGUCUCCGUUGGCAUCUUCUCAUAUCCAGGCAUUGCCUCUGGACUUAGUCGACCGACUGCGCUCGUUUCCCCUCUUCCAAUCGACCCCGGAGUCAUUCUUGAUCAACAUCGGUCAACACCUUCGUCCUCAGCUGCACUCCGCGAACGAUUAUAUUUUGACAGAAGGCGAUGAGGCUAAGGCGAUAUACUGGUUGGUCCGGGGUGCGGUCUCCGUCACCUCCCGAGAUGGUGAAAGUAUUCAUGCAGAACUCAAGCCGGGCGCAUUCUUUGGGGAGAUUGGUGUACUGAUGGACCGGCCUCGGACGGCUACCAUUAUCGCUCGAACAAGAUGCUUGCUUGUAGUGUUGACCAAAGAGGAUUUCAGAAAUAUCCUUCCUCGCUUUCCUGAAGUUGAACGCGCAAUUCGAGAUGAAGCCCAAGAACGAUUGAUGAUUUUGGAGAAGAAAAAGAAGGAAACAUCGGCUCCAGCAGUCGACCUCGACCCCGUGAUUCCUGCACGGAGGGGUUCAAAACGACUAAGAGAAAGCUUUUCCAGAGACUUGUCCAUUACCGAGCGAGAAAACCCGACUUUCAAGACCGUCAACAAGAAACGCAAGUCCCCGAGCCCCGUUUUGACCGAUGGAGCUUCAUCGAGUGCCCUCGCGAAUGGCCUGGUAAAUGUGCGUCUCUUGCUUAAAGAGUUGCCUUUAUUCUCUGGCCUGCCUCCCGAUAUCCUUCACUUUCUGGGCCUCAAUGCCCAACCACGAUCAUACCCUCCCUUCACCGACAUCGUUCAGCAGGAUUCACAAGGUCGCGAGGUUUAUUUCAUAGUGCGCGGCGAAGUUGAAGUUCUUACCGAGCGAACAAACCCCAAUGAUAACCGUCGUAAAUCAGCCAAUAUUGAAAACCCCGGAUUUGAGGUGAAAGCUCGUUUGAGACAAGGGCAAUAUUUCGGAGAGGUCGUGAGUCUUUCACUUGCACCGCGCAGGACAGCAACUGUCCGCUCGGUGAGCUUUGUCGAAUGUCUCAUGAUCAGUGGCGAAGUUCUCGUCGAGUUUUGGGAAAAGUGUCCCAAGGAUGUUCGCCAACAGGUGGAAAGCACCGCCAAAGAGAGGCUCCAGUCGGCCUCCGACGGCGAUGUCGUCAUGUCAGAGGCAACGGACACCGAAAAAUCCAUUAAUGAACUGACUAUCGACGACAAGUUCAAAGCUUCUACUUCUCGAAGGCAGUCAAUGCCUCUCCUGACCCUCACGGAAACUGAACUAGACAGUUCCCAUAAGCCCAACGGCAUAGAUGACCAUAACAUUGUGUUGCGGCCAUCGGAUCCAGACCCUUAUCUUAACGUCGGGUUGGACAAGGUUCGACUUCGAAGCCGACGCGGGUCAGUAGCCCCAUUGGCCCCCGAAGAAGUUUCUGGAGAGCAACAGCGACCAUCACCUCCGUCUGAACCUCGCUCUGCCAGCUCUUCUUUUGCUCUUUCUGAAACCAACGGCCUAUCGCAGCCCCAGAAAGAGCAGCGACCCUUCCGACAUGACAACCGCGGUAUUCUUCCUGACAGCAUUCUGUUGGCUAUCUUCCAGCAGUUGGAUCUUCACCACCUCCUACGCCUCCGGGCCGUGUCUCUUCACUGGUCAGAUAUUCUUAGUAAAUCUGUUGACCUGCUUCGAAACCUGGAUCUUAGCAUGUACAAUCGCAGUGUCACCGACGAAGUUCUGGUCAAAAUCAUUUGUCCAUUUGUCGGGCAACGACCGCGUUAUAUUGACAUCAGUAAUUGUUUCCAUAUCACCGAUGAGGGAUUCACAAAGUUGGCCACUACAUGUGGCCCGAAUGUUGUCGGUUGGAAAAUGAAAAGUGUUUGGGACGUUACUGCAUCCGCCAUUUUAGACAUGUCUGGCAAAGCAAACCAUCUGCAGGAAGUCGAUCUGAGCAAUUGUCGAAAAGUUGGAGACACGCUCUUGGCUCGAAUUGUUGGCUGGGUCGCACCUGGACAGCACAAGCCAGCCGAGGAGUCAGGGAAGACAGGCAAGGCAGCUCUGAAGCCUACCACGCAGACUGCAGCUGGCACUGUAUACGGAUGCCCUGAACUGAGGAGCUUGACACUGUCUUAUUGCAAACAUGUCACGGAUCGCUCCAUGCACCAUAUUGCGUCUCAUGCCGCCUCUAGAAUUGAGGAGAUGGACUUGACACGCUGUACUACCAUCACAGACCACGGAUUCCAGUACUGGGGAAAUGCCCAAUUCUCCAGGCUACGGAAGCUCUGUUUGGCGGAUUGCACAUAUUUGACUGAUAACGCCAUUGUGUACCUGACAAAUGCUGCCAAGCAACUGCAAGAAUUGGACUUGUCGUUUUGCUGUGCACUUUCAGAUACCGCAACGGAAGUUCUUGCUCUCCAAUGCUCUCAGUUGACGCAUCUCAGUAUGUCAUUCUGUGGCUCUGCGAUUUCCGACCCUUCACUACGCAGUAUUGGUCUUCAUCUCUUAAAUCUCAAACACCUGUCUGUCCGUGGCUGCGUACGGGUUACUGGCAUCGGAGUCGAGGCAGUAGCCGAUGGUUGUAACCAGCUUGAAUCCUUUGAUGUCAGCCAGUGCAAAAAUCUCACUCCCUGGCUGGAAGAUGAUGGGCCUAUCAGAUAUCAAAACAAAAUCCGCUUCGACACUGUCGCGAGAAACCGCUCACCUUCUCGAUGA